GGGGUCGUGUUGCAGCACCUCUACACUGCGCAUACAGUUUGCAUUGGUCAGGACGCGAAACAAGUGAGAACGAAAGGUCUGCAGAAAGGCCCCUGCCAGGCAAUUGUCUCGCUAUUGCACCGGUGUGUCGAAGAAGGUCGCAAGGAGACUCAAUAUGAAACGCGAAUGGUUGGGUAGCUCCAGACAGGCGAGGUAUGUCUCAAAUCCCCAGAGCGCCACCGGUGUGAAAGAGUGACUGGAUUUUUCUAGCGAAUGUGGGCAGCGCGCAAGGCGGCGGAUGUUCAAUUGUACGGUGUGUUCAGAAGCACUCGGAGGAGGCAAUGGAAGCGCGAAAGGAGCGCAAGGUAGAGCAGCGUGUGCACCACGGUGGACAAGGGGGUCCACGCGCGGCGCCCCCUCGGCCGUUGGCAAGGAGUACCUAGCUGAGACGCUACGAACGGAAUUGGAACAGCAUGGCGCGUUCGAAUUGCCCGUUAUCAAUCCUUCCAAACUCUGGAACAACAUCAUGGCUAUCACGUACGUUACAGGCCGCCGAAGCCUUCGAGAGCAAAGUCGCAGACACGACGUAGAUGGUGCCUAUUGCCGCAAUCAAAUUCUCGCUCACGCCCCCUGUCGAGUCGCGGAACAGAGCUCCGAGGCUUCGGUACCCAUCACGCAACGAACUACAUCGGCGCAGGUUGCGUUGUCAGCUCAAGCACUUGUCAGAGUGGAAGAGUCCCGGCAACAGCGUCUUAGACGAAUGCUCUUGUCAAGUACUUUGUAAACCAAGAUCAUUGAAGGU